AUGAAGGACUCGACCAAGAAGCUAGUGGUGGACUUAGUCCUACUAGGUCUCACCAAUCUAGCCGCUUACUAUGCCAUCCGAGCCAUCCUACAGGGCAAUGAUCCUCAGAGACAAAAGAGGCUGGAUGCGAAAAAGACGAGUGGGGACAAGCUUGCUCGGCUGGGAAAGAAUGUGCAGCUGAAUGAGUACGAGGGUAAGUUGAGCGUGACCCUUACAAUGAAGGUGGUGCAUGUACGCUACAUAACGUCGAGUGCGACUUGGUCCUAUACCUAGAUAUGCGCGUAGGUGUGACUUAGGGACAGGCGUUGUCAGACUCACAAUCGUCCCGUGGCCCGUAUCCAUCGCAGAACAAAUUGCAACAGAGCUCAUUCUACCACAUCAAAUCCAAGAGACUUUCGAUUCGAUUGGCGGGCUGGAGAGCAUCAUCUCAUCGCUGCAAGAGAGCGUUAUUGCGCCCUUGUGCUAUCCGGAGCUCUUUGCGGGAGCGGCGGGAAAGAAUGGUCUGCUUGGAGCUCCAAAGGGUGUUUUGCUCUUUGGUCCUCCCGGAACAGGUGAGUGGCGCUCGAGAUGGCUGGCAGUAUUUUUUGCCAGAACAUCGCUGAUGAUGGUAGACUAUUGGGUUUGUAGGAAAGACGAUGCUGGCCAAGGCCCUUGCAAAGGAGAGCGGCGCGACUUUUAUCAACAUGCACGUCUCUACUUUGACCAACAAGGUGAGCCGCCUUCUGCGCAUUGCAGCGCAAGCAGCGUGCUGAGUCUCACACCUUUUUCCCAUUCAACAGUGGUUUGGCGAGUCGAACAAGCUGGUUGCGGGUCUGUUCUCAUUGGCGCAGAAGUUGCAACCUGCCAUCAUCUUCAUUGACGAGAUCGAUUCCUUCAUGAGAGAAAGGAGUGGGGCUGAUCAUGAAGUCACGGGGAUGAUGAAGGCCGAAUUCAUGACGUGAGUUGGUCCAGUCUGCUCGACGUCCUGCUCACAAUUUGCUCAACAUGAUCCUCUGCUCUGGCGUCUCACCAGAUUGUGGGAUGGCUUGACAUCUUCUUCAGACCGUAUCGUCGUUCUGGGCGCUACGAACAGACCGACAGCCAUCGAUGCUGCCAUUCUUCGACGUAUGCCCAAGCGGUAUCCCGUCAAACUGCCAGAUGCUGUGCAAAGGGGCAAAAUUCUGAAAAUCAUGCUGGCAGGCGUGAACCUCGAUCCCAAAUUCGACAUGUCGGCCGUCAUCAAGCGGACCGAGGGCUUUAGUGGAAGCGAGAUCAAAGAGACCUGCAGGAACGCAGCUAUGCAACCGGUCAGGGAGUACUUGAGAAGCGGAAAGGGCAGGCAAAGCGUAGAGGUCCUAAGGGGCGCUGGAACGGCCGAAGAGAAGGCGGAAUUGGCUGGGAAGCAAUCCAGACCUCAGAGCAGACCUUUGAGAAACAGCGACUUUUUCGUCGUGGGUGAGUCACUUUUGGAAGAUGACGUUUGCUGUUGGCAUCGAGGCUCACGUUCAGACGGGCGCCAUUUCUCGCCUUGCUUGUCAGACGGCUUGAAUACCAACUAUGCCGCUCCCAGCACGAUCGAGCAGGAUCCCAUAGAUAAUUAG